AUGAAGUUGCGACAGUACCACAGAAAGGCACCGUUGGUAAACAGAGUGCCCAAACCAGAACUUCAUCGGAUUGCUUGGGAUAUACAACGAACCAAAGAGGCGAAUCUAGGGGAGGAAAAGACUAAGAAGCUUAUCGAGUGGUUGGAUCGCUACCAGGGAGUAUUUGACAUUCUGUCGCAGGCGGAGUUCUCAGGUCUAUCGUCAAUCUGGGGUGGUCUGAAGUUUGUACUCUUAGUGACGAAGAAGGAUUCUCAUGUACUUUCCAAAGUAAUCGACGUGAUGAUAGAGAUUGGGCGGGAUCUGGAAAGAAUACGAGGGUACACUGCGCUGUAUCAAACUCCGCGAAUGCUCGAGUUCUCGGCCGAACUAUAUGCAGCGAUAGUUGAAUUUCUGGAGAAGCGUGCGAUGACGGACUUUCUACAGCCCUUUGAGGUCCGAUAUGGAGAACUUGUGGCCAAGAUGAAGAAAACGGAAAGACGCAUCCGCGAGGACGUAGAGCUAUGCUUCCAUAUCAGGCAGGCAAUGGUACAUCACGCAAUAGACAGAUAUCAGAUAACACUACCGCUUCAGAGGCACACGGUGCACCAAGCUUUCAAGUCCGUCUCUGAGAACCCCACAGCAGACUUGUUCAAAGCGAUACGGAAGAAUUUGUUCAAGAACUUCGAAGUCCAGGCCGGAUUCCACCAAGAGUUGCAAGCCACGUACGAGGUCACCACGUCAAAAGCGUGGAUCGAGUGGUUCAAAAUGGAGCAGAAAUACGUUCCCUCAAGAUACUCUCACGAGACAAAAGUGAUACAGGCAGAGUGCGACGCCCCGGAUCCGCAGCAUUCCCUGAUACUAGUCCAAAAGCCGGAGGUCAUGAUAGACGCUGGGAUUGAUUUGGAGCAGUUCAAAGAGGCCAAGAACAAAGUGGCGGCUCUCUGGAAGUUCUUCCUCUACCUUACUACAGUUCUCUGGGGUUGCAUGAAUUAUAUCACCAUCGGAUCCGUCGGCGAACAGGAGUUUGCCAUCGUCGGAAAGUUUGGACCGCCUGUCAACGUGACACUCAUUCAUCCGUUCAACGACAACCUUGCAAGGACAGAUGAUGUCGUGGACCUUGAUGACAAGUACGAUAUUCAUCCGCGACUUACGACGACGGACACGAUGCACCAUGUGCUACUUCUAGAAACGAACUCCCAAAGGAAGAUCUCGGACACGAUCCGAAGUCUUUUGUGGGAGACGGUCUGGCGGGAGGUGCGAUACGCCGUCAUUGGCAUUGCCCUCACACAAGUUAUAGAGGUGAUACACGUCGCAGAAAACAAGGCUGCCCACGAAGCGCCAGUGAGAGGCCAAUCGGCUUUGCCAGACGGGGGUUCCAAGAGAUGGGUCGCUGUGGUAGGAAAGUGGACAGCAGCCUCCUGGUCGAUAAAUAACAUUCGGGAGCAGAUCCAGCGGUACAUUGACAUUGUCGACAUUCAUCUUCCACCCGACAGGGAAAAGCGGUUGGAGUGUAAUUUGAUAUUACUGGCGUUUGAGCAAGAUAAGGAGCUCGGCUCGCAACUAACGUUUACCCAACGGGAGGCAAUAUGGGUUGACGUUCAGGAAGCCAUCAAGCCGGGAACGGCGAAGAUAUUUUGUGGAGAAGUAGAGGAGCUUGUAGUUGCGAUACUCGAAGACUAUCAUAACGAAGGUUCCAAUGAUGAGGAAAGCCUAAAAGGCCUUUCUUUCCCUCUUGUUGACGCAUAUUUUGGUGAGGGCGGGCGAUGGAGAGAUUCGUUCUCUGAGAAUCAGGACUUGGUCGCUGACGGGAUGACGAAUGCCAUUGAACUAGGGUUUGCGGGUCUGAUUCAAGCGCUGGCAUUGCAAGAGACGGAGGAAUAAAAGGGCUUCUGCGUUGAUUUAUGAGUAUUUAGAGGGAAUCUG